GAUGAAUGGAAACUCCCCAGCUCCUCGCUCUCCGUUCUCCUUGGAGACGCGCUGGAGUCUCCCCCCUCGCGGCUCCCGCCUCCCCCCGGUGUCGGCAUUGGUGGUGUGGCUGGGGUGGAGCUGGCCGCACUUUUUACGCACACCGAGAUGGAGAAAGUCCACGGCAGGAUGCUCGAAUCCGUGGGUGACAUGAUCGACUUCAACGACAUGAAGCUCCCGGAAGACGCUUACGCGGCCGCGGGGAUGCCGACGAGCCAGGCGGGAGACGGUUCGGUGUUCCGCGGCUGCGGUAACCUGUUGAACGGUCCGCAAGAGCACCGGCAGGAGGGGGGGGAGGAGGAGGAGGAGGCUUCGUACGAGCGCGGACGCGACUUUCUCAAGUGGGAACACUUGGUCAAAGACAACGUGGCGCAGGUGGCGUCCAGCCUGUCGUCCAAAUUCAUCAAGGACGAGCAAGAGGCGUCCGUCAUCAUGGAGACGGCGCCGUGUCCGGCCUUCGACGACGCGCUCGAAGUCUGCUCCCAAGGCGGCCGCAAACUGCCCCACUUGGGCUUCGCCCCGACGGCUUCUCCAAACUUCUUGGCGCAGGUGACCCCCGCGGAGCAGAUGGACCACAGCCAGUUGAGGCCCGAGUGCCGCGGAGGCUUCGGCGGCAAGGGCGCCGCCUUCCCCCCGGCUGCGUACAAGGGCGAGCUGGCCCGCUGGCAGGCGCCCGCCGCGGGGCCGGGGGCGGACGCGCAGUUCUGGUGCCAGGCGCCCGCGACCGCGGAGGAGCCCUUCGGCUACAACGGGGUGCACAGCCAGGCCUUGGCCCAGCGGAACCAGACACAUUUCAACGCCUUUGCCGGUCUACCUCCUCAGAGGUCUUGUGUGAUCUGCAGCGACGAGGCCUCCGGGUGCCACUACGGCGUUCUAACCUGUGGCAGCUGCAAGGUGUUUUUUAAAAGAGCAGUGGAAGGCCAUCACAGCUACCUGUGCGCCGGGCGGAAUGAUUGCAUCGUGGACAAGAUCCGAAGGAAAAACUGCCCGGCGUGCCGCCUGCGGAAGUGCUAUCAAGCAGGAAUGAUGCUUGGAGGCAGGAAACUGAAGCGUUUCGGGGCCCUCAAGGCGCUGGGCUUUUCGCCCUCCGCCAUGUUUCCGUCGCACUUGUCGGCCGACAGCCGGGCCCUCAGCCCUGUGGCGUCCGUGCCGGGAAUCCAGGACCUGCCGUUCUCUCAGCAGAUCACCAGCAUCCUGGAGAACAUCGAACCCGAGGUGGUGCUGUCGGGCCACGACGGCGCCCAGGCCGACGCCCCCCACGUGCUGCUCAGCAGCCUCAACAAGCUGUGCGAGAAGCAGCUGCUGCGCAUAGUCAAGUGGUCCAAGUCUUUGCCAGGCUUUCGUAAUCUCCACAUCACCGACCAGAUGACGCUCAUCCAGUACUCGUGGAUGAACCUGAUGGUGUUUUCGCUCGGCUGGCGCUCCUUUCAGAACGUCACCAGGGAAUAUUUGUACUUUGCGCCCGACCUCGUUCUAAGCCUAGAACAAAUGAAGAGAUCCCCCAUCUACGACCUGUGCUUGGCCAUCCAGUUCAUCCCGCAGGAGUUCGCCAACCUCCAAGUGACCCGGGAGGAGUACCUCUGCAUGAAGGCCAUCAUCUUGCUCAACAUGGUGCCUCUGGAGGGUCUGAAAAGCCAGGGGGCCUUCGAGGAGAUGCGGCAGAAUUACAUCCGCGAGCUGACCAAGGCCGUCCACGUGAAGGAGAAGAGCAUGGCGGCCAGCUCGCAUCGCUUCUACCACCUCACCAAACUCUUGGACGCCAUGCACGAAAUCGUGAAGAAGGUCAACCUGUUCUGCCUGAGCACGUUCAUCCAGGCCAACGCCAUGAAGGUGGAGUUUCCCGAGAUGAUGACUGAGGUGAUCGCCUCGCAGCUGCCCAAAGUCCUGGCCGGCAUGGUGAGGCCGCUGCUUUUCCACCCAAAGUGAAAAGUCAAACUGCCUUUGCCGGAUUCUAUUUUUCUAUCUUCUACAAGACAAAACUGCCUUUUUAAUCUUUACUGUUUGGAAUCAGUUGGGAACAAUCAGUCAAUCAAUCAAUGUACACCCACUAACAGAUCAUCAUUUUCAUGACGGAGGCACCUUUUGGGACUAUUUGGGGAUUUUUCUUUUUUCUUUUUAAGAAACCAGAAAAUGCAGGAGGUUUGGUAAGCAAAACAAUCCUGAGUAUGCUCGAAUGUAGACCGUGCGGAACACCGGUGUCAAACUGCGGCCAGCCGCGUCGUCUAAUGUGGCCAGAGAAAGCAAUUCAAGGGUGUCUACUACUUCAUGUUUCUUGCAAAAUUGAUUUGUUCUUCUAUUAUGGCAGCAUAACUGCUCUUUGUCAUUUUGAGGUUACUGUCACGAUAUCCGUAAAAAUAGUAAUGGGCUUUUUUUCUUUGGGUGUGCGGACACCCCAGUCAAGGCCAUGCUCAUGGGCAAAGGUUGAACAGAAAGGAAUCUUUGGAUGUUGAAAUGUGUUUUUCCCAAAUAAGACUUGAAUUAGACUAUUAGGGAAACGCUAUUGAGUUCCGUUGCCUCAAUUCAACCUCGAUGGCUGACAAACCGACACAGACAUUUAGAACAAUUUUGUUAUUCAUGUUAAAAUAAUGAGUCAAAAAUGACUGAGCAAUUAUCCUUCUUGGCUAAAAAUAAAUACUGUAAUAACAUGAAAGAGGUGGAGAGAGAAAAGCUUGACGCUGUCGUUAAAGCAAGAGGACAGGACGGGAAUUAUUGUUAUUUUUUUUCAACUAAUUCAUCAUUUUCCCAGGGGCCUCGUACAUUUUUGGAGUCCAGAAGGCAAUUAAACCCCUGACCCCCCACCCCCUAAAAAAAACACAACCCCUGGACCCAACAACAGUUUCACCCCUAAAAUUUUCCCACACAGAAAAAUUGAUGGAUGUAUCUAUCACAAGACGAUUUAAAUAAAAAAAAAAAAGUUGCAAGAAACAAUGUACACAAAAGGAAGUCGGCCAUUAUAGGACAAUUCCUACAAUUUCCAAGCAUUUCUUGCCAUCCUGGGAUGUAAAAAGUAUAUGUAACGUGCAGUGACACAAACGUUUGAUAAGCACUUGCUGGUUGGUCAAGAAGAGGCAGAAUGAGAUUUUUUUAUUGUCAUGAUCAUUAUUGUAUAAUUGUCAGUGUUUUGUCUCACGGAGGCCGAGUCAAUAACGCACCAAAUUUGGAAUAUUUUGUUUUCUUACUGGGGUUGAUUCAAUCAAAUGUGAGAAAAGGGCUACACAAACAAACGGUGAAUGUAAACUUGGAAAAAAAAAAUAUUUGCAGUGCCAAUGUACAAAGAAUAAAUGAUUUGGAUCAUUUAAAAGGUCAAAUGUCAUCACUUUUAGUCCCAGAAGAGAAAUCUUAAAGCUGAUGAAAAAGCAGUUUACUCAUACUUUUAACUAUAAAUACAGUUUGUGAUCAAAUUCAAGUUUUAAAGCCUACAAUUUGUCUUAUUAGAUUGAUUGAUCGUAAAAGAUUUUCAGUAAAAUUUUGUACAAAAAUGUCACCCCAAGAAAAAGAUUGAAAUCACAACUUGUGUGAGCGAGAGGACAUUUUUGUACAGUUUCCUACUUAGGUAUAACCCACAAGCCAAGACCGCCCCCCAAAAAAACCCCAAAUUUCCCAUCCUUCAUUAAUCAUUGUGUUUAUUUAUAAAGGCGUAGAUGCACUGCGGCGACAGUAGUUGCGUGCAGAGGACCCCCCCCCCCCCGAAAUGUUACACAAUGCAGGACAUGUUCAGAAUUUCCGCGACGCGCCCUCGCAACUCCCCACUUUUAGGGAGUUUUCUCAUUAUUAUUCCCACGCCAGUCAAAGCCAAGGCCACCUGACGCUCCCCAAAUGCACUUUCAGCUUCUCCUUCCCACACGUACACACUCACGCUUCAUUUCGUCCUCACUUAAACACCUCAAACAAUAAUAUUCAUAGUAAUCAUACCAGCAUCGAGUAUGCCGGCGUAAAUCAUGAAAGUGGAGCAUCUAGAAUAAAAUCGGGUUACAGCAGGAGUUCUUAAACUCUGGUCUCGGGGAUCAGAGGAAAACCCCGACAAGUUUAAGAAGCCCUUGCUUUACAGAAGAAGCUGUAUUUGAUUAUUUCUUUGAAUGAUAUACCGAAGGACAGCAGGAAGUGCACGGCCAGUGUGAUGAUCGCGUUUAAGGUGCUUUAGGUGGUACAAAAAAAUCAAAAUAAAAAAUGUGUGAAUUUUGAGGGUUGCCGACAACCCCCCCCCCCCCGAAAAGCUCAGUAGUGCCGCUUGGAAAACUGAGACCCAAACACACGUUUCGGUGAUGGCUACCACCGCCACACGUAACAAGACACACGGAAACGGAACAGGAAGUCGGCCAUUUUGGUGGCCAAUUCCUGGAGCUGCUGCUACCACAGACCAGUGAUCCCCAACAACCUGGCAGUCGGGAAAUUGGUCCGCAAAUCGUGAAUUAUUUACAACUAAUGUAUUUUUUAUUCAAACGAAACAAUUACCGUAAUUUCCGGCCUACAAGCCGCAACUUUUUUCACACGCGUUCAAACCUGCGGUUUAUGUGGUGAUGCGGCUAAUUUGUGCCUUUUUUUCUAGCGGCCGCAUGGGUCCACUCGAGCGGAAAAGCUAAGAGUGAGACCGGUGGGAAUAUAUGUACCAAGGAAGUGACUUUUACCGGUCCGGCCCUGUUAGCGCUGCGCUAGCGUGUUACUGUUGUGUCUAAGUGAUUUUUACCGGGAUGUUUUUUUUUUUAAACCGGCCCUGUUAGCGCGGCGCUUGUGUUACCACGGCAGUGUUAGCGUUAAACUCUCUGUGUACCGUCUUUAUUUGUAAAUAUCUCUUGUUUCAAUGUGGCCACUUGGAGCUUUUACACAGGUGCGGCGUAUAUAUGUACCAAAUGGUAUUUCCUUUACAAAUGUACUGGGUGAGGCUUAUAA